AUGAACAGGGAAAAGGUUCAGGUGGGAGACGUCUCAGUUGCUGCUCCGCUGGCGUCCGGUGUGACUGCCCAAACAGCUGUGAUCGUCGUGGCCGCUCCGGAAAGCAUGGACAAUCACGGCGAGAAGCGGCUCUCUGCCAACGCACUGUCGGUGUUUUCCUGCCCCGGGGGUAGAGACAUACUGCAAGCGGACAGUCGAAACAACUCUCCACGUCAAGAGCCGGCUCCGGUAGCAAUGCCAAUGCUUCACCGGACCACUUCAUUUUCGGUUUUGGACAUUUUGGACCCAAAUAAAUUUACGAGCAAAAAGCCAAAUCCUAACCGGACAGGCAGCGAAUUCGCCUUCGGGACAGAGAACCGUGGAGGUGAUGACUCGAAUCAUGAUGUAGAGCAGAAGUCUUAUGCAGACGACUAUGACACAUGUCAAAAAUCUACAGGACUAAAGGAGGGGUUCAUGUGUGCCUACAGAUCCGACGAAUGCGAGAAUGAUUUCAAAAGAGGCUCCCACUCUGACAGCGAGAUGCAGGAUGACGUGUGUAGUGAGGAGAGCAGCAGCGCCCUAACUGGAAACGCGGAGGGGGAACUGGGACACCAUGAUGACGACGACCAGGCGAGCAAGAGCCCAAGAAGUCCUGGUGGACAGCAAACUCAACAGUCAGGGUCGAAUGGACAAAGUAAUCAAGGAAAGCCGAAGAGAAAGCGCUCUGGCUCCGAUUCAAAGUCGGGUAAGCCCCGAAGGGCCCGGACAGCAUUCACUUACGAACAACUUGUUGCACUGGAGAACAAAUUCAAGUCCACCCGAUACCUCUCUGUGUGUGAGAGGCUCAAUUUGGCACUGUCACUCAGUUUGACUGAAACUCAAGUCAAAAUCUGGUUCCAGAACCGACGGACCAAGUGGAAGAAACAAAACCCUGGCGCAGAUACCAGCGCCCCGACGGGCGGGGGCCAGAACGGCCAGAGCAAUGGACUAGGGAGCCUGAGUCCACUCAGCUCGUCUCCUCCCAUGAGCCAUCUGUCAAUGCACACGGGCUACCCAGGUCACGGACCAGGCGGGCUAGUCUGCACCACCCAAUUACCCUUUCUGCCAAGUCAUGCGGUACUGUCACCUUUCAUGUUAGGAUCUCAGACUUACGGAGCGCCUGCGUUUUACACUUCCCACCUGUAA